CGAUGGAAAGGAGGGGGUAGAUUCUCCAACCGUUCCUUGUGCAACAACAAGUUGGUUGGAGCUCAGGUAUUCGACAAAUCUAGGAACAUUUUUUUUUAUAUCAAUAUCACAAAGGUUAAUGUAAUCUAACCCCACAACAAGUCGGGACACAGGACCCAAACCUCCAGCUUAUUAGCUGACAACUUCGUGGACGGGGCAUCCUACUACGACUACGCACCUGGAACCGCUAAGGGAGUGGCUCCCAAAGGACACGUAGCAAUGUACAUACAUGUGGAGGAAUUAGAUUUUUUUGCGGGAAUUAAUUGAGUAGUUGACGACAAUGUGGAUGUUUUGACCAUGAGAUUUCAUCACCUCCGCUCUACGAGGAUCCAAUUGCAAGGGCGACGAAGACGUUCUUCUCAACGGCAAAACGAAUGUCGCCAAGGCAAUUGUGUCCUCGUAGAGCGGGGGUUGAUGAAAUCCCACAUACAUGAAUAAAACAUCUACGUCGUCACUAAUUGCUCGAUCAAUUGCCGCAAUGAAAUCUGAUUCCUCCACAGGUACGGACAUUGCUAUGUGUGCUUUAGGAGCCACUCCCUCGGCGGUUCCAGGAGCAUAGUCGAAGUAGGAUGCCCAGUCGAUGAAGUUGCCGGCUGUUAUGCUAGAGGAUUAGACCCCGCGUUGUGAACCCUUGUCUCGGGGAGAUCAAAUUAACCUCUGCGAUACUGAUAUUAAAAACGUUUCUAGGCCUGAGUUCCAACCAACUUGUUGUUGCACGAGGAGUAGUUGGAGAAUCGACACUAUCCUUUCCAUCGUGCAGCAGUCGGGGGGUCCAUCCCGUGGUCGCUGAAGCUUGGAUUCUCCGGCUAGAUGCCCAUGCCUACAACUCCAAUGAUCAUUUCUUCACUAUAGUGGGACACCUCCCAAGUUCCGGAGCAACCAAUGAGGUCCAAGGACUCGGGGGAGUGGAUAGUGGCGUAUUCGAUUGGCUGGUCCCUCAGGCCUCAACUUCAUGGAGUAAGGAUACCAUGAAAAUCUCAGCUCCAAAGGGUUGUGGCAGUGCUAAACCCAUCAAUGACGUGGGAAUAGCUGUAGACAAACCUUGCAAUGAAACUGAGGACCGAGUGGUCAAGUAGGUGUCUGUCAACAAAGGGCUUGGUUAUUGGUGUGGAGUCCAUGAACACUAGGUAGUGAUCAAUUUGGUAAUGUGUUAAUUCAAGGAGAUCACAAGGAAGAGAUGCAAUUAUCGGGUUAAUUUGGUGCAAUAUUAACCGAACAUAUCCGCCAAUUUCUCUCUUUUCCAUUUUCUCGUGUUUCGUUUUCCGUUUGAGGAUUCGAAGCUGAAACGGUGGGCUGGAAUACUUCGGUCCCACCACACCAGAAUGCCUCGUCAUUCUUUUAGUGGGCCGGCCAUGGUCAAUUGGUCAUAGUCAGGCUUCAACUACACUCACUGAAAGUCUGAAACCACCGAAAAGGUUUGGCCUUUUGUCUUCUGAUCUCUACCACCUUGUUUUGCUUGGCUCUCUCAUCGCCAUUGAUAUUGCAGAAAGGAAUCAAUAGAAAACUCAGAAUCCCUUCUUUUUUCCCUUCUCUCUUUGUAUGUCUCUAUUUCCAUCUGCGGUUCUCAGAAUUGUAAGGGAUUCGUUGGAUAGAAAGAAAACAAAUGCCUGGAAUUAAGGGUCCGUCGGAGUAUUCCCGGGAACCAACUCGCCAUCCUUCCCUCGUCAUCAAUUCCAAGCAACCAUUCAAUGCGGAGCCACCUCGUUCAGCCUUGGUGACUUCUUAUGUGACUCCUGUGGACUUCUUCUACAAGAGAAAUCAUGGCCCCAUUCCAGUCGUUGAUGAUAUAGAAAGAUACUCCGUCUCUUUGAAUGGGCUGAUUGAAACCCCCAAGGAGCUGACCAUGAGAGAUAUCAGGUCGCUUCCAAAGUACAGUGUUGCAGCUACCUUGCAGUGCGCUGGUAACAGGAGGACUGCCAUGAGCAAAGUCAAGACAGUUAAAGGAGUUGGUUGGGGUAUCUCUGCGAUUGGAAAUGCUGUUUGGGGUGGUGCCAAACUGGCUGAUGUUCUUGAACUUGUUGGCAUACCUAAGUUCACCGCUGCCACCAAAUCUGGUGGGAAGCAUGUUGAAUUUGUGAGCAUUGAUAAGUGCAAGGAGGAGAAUGGGGGACCUUAUAAAGCAUCGAUUCCGCUCUUCCAAGCCACAAACCCUGAUGCUGAUGUUCUACUUGCUUAUGAGAUGAAUGGAGAGUGUUUAAACAGGGACCACGGUUACCCAUUACGAGUGGUUGUCCCAGGUGUCAUAGGUGCUCGUUCUGUGAAGUGGUUGGAUUCCAUCAACAUAUUAGCCAAUGAAUGUCAGGGCUUCUUCAUGCAAAAAGACUAUAAGAUGUUCCCGCCAUCAGUCAAUUGGGAUAACAUUGAUUGGUCAACGAGGAGGCCACAAAUGGACUUCCCUGUCCAGAGUGCCAUUUGUUCCUUAGAGGAUCUGACUAUCAUGAAGCAGCCUGGGAAGGUUAGGGUCAGCGGGUAUGCAGUAUCAGGAGGUGGGCGGGGGAUCGAGAGAGUCGAUGUGUCAAUGGAUGGUGGUAAGACCUGGGUGGAAGCUACCAGGUACCAAAAGCCCGGAAUUUCAUAUGUAUCCGAUGAUACGAACAGUGACAAAUGGGCAUGGGUUCUUUUUGAGGCUACUGUGGAUGUCCCUCAUAGUGUAGAGAUUGUGGCUAAAGCAGUGGAUUCAGCAGCAAAUGUGCAGCCUGAAAGCGUGCAAGAAAUCUGGAACCUGAGAGGGGUACUGAACACAUCGUGGCACCAGGUUCAACUCCGUGUUGGGCACUCGAACUUGUAGAAAUCGAUCCAUGUAAACAAUGAAAGCAGUGGCUUUUGCUGGAAGAUGUAGAGAUCAAUUAGCAUCUAGGUGUGUGGUGUUGUUGGUCUAGAGAACAAUGAUAAACUGUGGUUUUCUGUUGUCAUAGUCAUAGUCAUAGUCUCUGAAAGAAACUGUGGUGAAACCAUCUCAUGGUCUAUUAGAAAGAAAUAAGAACAAUAGUCAUAUUAGUGAUGUAAAAAGCUGUUUCUUUUUAUGUUUGCUCGUUUCUGAAAGUGUGGAAGUUGGCUGAUGAGCCAUGGCUGUGCAAGUCUAAAAUUCGACUACUUGAUAAACACUUGGACGUAAACGGGGUUGGGCUCCUUUUCAAGGCUCACGCUUGUCAAAUCCAAUACUAAUUUGACUUAACAAAGGUCUGGCCCAAAUAUCCAAGACAAAACUAGUUACAUAGACCCAUACUAAAACUUCGUGGUUCCGAGUGCAAAAUCUAUAAAAUGUUCCAUGUUACCAUUUCUAAUAAGAAUCCUACAAUUUAUUAUUAUAUGAAUUUUAUUAAGGAUAACAAAACAUAAAAUUUUGUAAGUUUGAUAUCCUUUCCAACAGGUAAAAACUCGACUAGCUGUUUAGUUCUUCUCCAGGCUAGCAAGUAUUUCUCUCUCCAUAGUUGCAAAUUUUGGGUUUGCUACAUGAGUUCAAGUUAGGUCAAUGCAUAGCGAGGUGUAAUAUGAUGAAUUUUUUGAGACCCUUGUUUGUAAAAGUAGAGAAAUAACAUUAUUUUAAUGAAAAGACAUAUAAUGACUAAUGUUAUAUUAGUUCAAAUGCAAAAAGUUAUAUUAUACUGAAACAUCAAACUACAAACAUCGAUCACAAAUAUCAAAAUCUGAACAAACAAACUAAAAGAAAUUAAUUACAAACCUCAACUAGUGUCAUCACUCACAUAUUCAUCGAUGAUUAUCACUACAUUCAUCAUAAUGAUAUGAAUCUACAUAACUCAUUCCAUUUUACAAAUGUUUUGGCUAUUUAAGGAUCCAAAUCACCUAAAAACAAUGACAUAAAUGUAAAGACCCUACCCGUCUUACCCAACCCUACACAUCAAGGAUCACCAUACCAUUGGUCGAUGAUAAGAGUGAAAAGAUUUGCCCCUAUCCAUUUCCAAAUCCCAUCCAUUGCUGUCUGAGUUUUGGCGAAGAGACAUGUUUCAUGUGAUCCACUACACCAAGGCCAACCAAACUUGAAAGGGUUGGCCUGCAAGUUGGGUGGGAACUGAACUGAACUGAACUGAUUGAUGACAAACAUGACAGGCCAUAACUAAACAAAUUUGAUUGGAAUAUAACUAAUGGCUAAUCUGCUUCACUUCUUUUUCCCCAACUCUUCUCUCUUGUAUGUGGUUGUAAGAACUCUUGGUAUCACCAAAGUUUCAACAUCGAACUCGCUUGGCUGUCUGUCUGUCACUUUCCUGAGCGUGUACUUUCUUUCCAACACAUAUCCUUUGUCUGCAUCUGCCAUAGAAGGAGAGGACACCUGCUCUGGAAGUGAGAACGUGUAAACCAGCAUUUGGUUAACAAGAGAACAAAAGAAACGAGACAAAGAAAAGCAAGCAAGAAGGCAAAGGAAUUGCCUGUUCUCUCGAUAAUCUUAAUAUGAGAAGGGGUUCAAGAGACAGAAUAUUCAAAGCACCAGUUCCAAAAGAUUCUUAGGAGUAGGUUUGCACCUUCGAUAUCAUCUAAUAGACUAAUACAUAGUUAUGAGUUUUGGACCUUAAGACUGACUUAUAAUAAGAAGAAGAAUUGAACGAGGUUAACACAAUGAUUGAUCAACUUUUUUUUUACAGAAUUUGACAUAUAUUUUCUGUUGUAUACUCGCAAUAAGAAAAACAACCUAUAAGUUAACCUAAUAGUUAAUCAUUAAGUUUCGAGAUCCGUAAAUGAUAAAAGUAUUAAAUUUCU